AUGUUCAGCAGAUCCCAUAGAUCUCGCAACAGCAAGGCCCAGGGUUUUGCAAACGACCAGGACCGCAAGUCACCCAGCCUCCACCGGUCGUUAUUUUCUGAGCUCGGGCUCGGUGGCUCCAACUCGUCGACCGCGCGGUUUGGCGGGAGCAGCGCACGGGGGGCCGACUACGGCCGACCGACCUACGAUUACGCUAGCAGCACUGCUUCCGCACGCUCCUACGCCGCUUCUGCAUCAUACGCCGAGAAGACUACCCCAACUCCUACGCCAUCACAUUGGGACGACCAACAAGGACGGCCUGGCCCCACUGGGCAUAGUGGACAUGAUAGGCACGGUGGGCACCUCGGGCCCGGUGGGCAGGCAGGACCUGGUGGGCAUGCCGGACCCGGCGGGCAUAGCGGGCAUAGCGGGCACAACGGGCAUAACGGGCACAGCGUUCACAGCGGUCACAGCGGCCAUGGUCCGCACGGCGGUUUGCGAGACGGCCCGCCUAGAAGCAACCUGCGUGACAAUCGCGAUAACCGUGACGCUGCGUCAUCAGAGCAUCGUUAUCACGGGCAACGACAUGUGCGGAGUGAUAGUGAGGCCACGGGCGUGGCGUCCUCGGGGGGAUACCCGGAGACAACCCAGAGCGGGCCGCCACGACGACACGACUACGACGUCCAAGCCAUGGAAACGUCGCUAUCAAGUCCCCGGGCGGUAACACGAAACCCUAUCCCAGCCCCAACGGUGACAGUUCGCUCCGAGUUUCCGACAAUCAGCCGGUCACGACAGCAACAAACGCUUACUUGCCUCGUCACCAUUGAGGUACCGGACAGCAACUGGCGGCCAGACCCCGAGGACCUGCAGAGUGCACCCCCACCUUUAGCGCCGCCGAAGGUGGAAGAACCGAUACGGGCGCCAUCUCCUGCUCGCAGCGCCCCCCGAUUUUAUCCUUACGAGUCCCCCGAGGUGCUUCUUGAGAUGACCGAGAACCUGCGGAGCCGCGUGGAUAACUGGCAUGGCCUGGACUUUGGUCGGUUUGGAAAGCUUCGCCUCUACGGGACCCUUCGCGUUGGCAAGGACAGGAAGUCAUGGCAGGAGCUAGAGUGUUUCCUCUUCGCUGAGAUGCUCAUCUGCGUCAAGGAGAAGAAGCACCCACAACCACAGCAGGAACAAUGGGGAGACGAUGCCUCGCGCAAAGCGGUCCGCUGCACGCUCAAGGGGUCUAUUCUCAUCAAGAAGCAUCUCAAUGAGGUGUCGGAAACUGGCCAUGUCGACGAGAACGUUCUAACACUCAGCCUGUCGGUCGCCGAGCUGCCCCAGUUUCACCUCCGGUUCGAAAACCGGAACCAGCUCAAACUAUGGCAGCAAGCCCUGCUCGACCUCAACGCAGUCGAGACAUCACCGGUCCGCAGCCCUGACUACGACCGAGGCGAAUUUUCCGAGACGGAGGAGGAAGAGUGGCAACGGGCCGGCCGGCCACAACGCGUGUCAUCGAUGGGCUCGUCGUGGGGUGGUGCGAAAUCGGCUACAACUGCUCCGACCGAGUACACCAGUCUUGCCCGCAGCCCGCUGCUACCUUCGAUUCACGUGCCUGUCGACGUGGUGGUCGUGGUCCCCAUCUCAGCUUCCAUGCAGGGGGUCAAGAUCAACCUCGUUCGGGACGCUCUCCGGUUCAUGGUGCAGGCGCUCGGGGAACGCGACCGCAUGGGUCUCGUGACGUUUGGGUCUUCAGGUGGCGGUGUCCCGAUCGUCGGCAUGACCACCAAGGCAUGGUCCGGCUGGGGCAACGUGCUCAGCUCCAUCAAACCCGUGGGACAGAAGAGUCACCGUGCAGAUGUCGUCGAAGGCGCUAAUGUGGCCAUGGAUCUGCUGAUGGGUCGCAAGUUCAACAAUCCCAUCGCCACGAUUAUGCUCAUCAGCGACGCCUCAACAUCUGAUACUGACAGCGUCGACUUCGUUGUUUCUCGGGCUGAGGCUGCUAAAAUCACCAUUCACUCCUUCGGCUUGGGUAUGACACACAAGCCCGACACGAUGAUUGAGCUUUCGACCAGGACAAAGGCGUCAUAUACGUACGUCAAGGACUGGAUGAUGCUCCGAGAGUGUCUUGCUGGUUGUCUCGGCUCGAUGCAGUCGCUGUCGCACCAGAAUGUCAAGCUGAAGCUGAGGCUUCCCGAGGGAUCGCCAGCCAAGUUCCACAAGAUAAGCGGCGCGCUCCAGAUCACAAAACGGGCGACGGGCCGCGACGCAGAGGCAUCUCUCGGGGACCUUCGCUUUGGUGACAAGCGAGAUAUUCUGGUACAGCUCGUCAUCAUACCGGAUACGUCAUCGCAGGAGCAGCUUCCCCAGGACCCCUGGGACAACAUCGUCUCGGGGCUCGAGGCACUGGGAGGGUCGAUGGACCAAGACGAGCAAAGGGCAGUUUCGGUGGAGGAGGUCCCACUAAUCCAAGCCGAGAUCAGCUGGGGCGACAUCCUCCGAGACGGGUCGUCACAGCACACACGACCCAGCCUCCUGGCCAUCACCAUGCUCCCGGCGGCGAACUCGAAGAAACCGUGGGGCAACACGCCACCGAUCCCCCCGCACCCACACAUCGUGCAGCGGCGGAUGGAGUUGCUGACCUCGGAUAUGCUGACCCGCGCCCUCACGCUGGUCAGCCGCGGCCAGCACGACCGCGCGCACACGCUCCUAAACGAGACCCGCUCCAUCCUCAAGGGUCUCGGGAAAGGCGGCCUGCCCCCCGUUCCACCGGCAACUUCCUCCAACAAGUCGCAGCCGUCGACGCCCCACCCAGGCGGCCCGGAAGGGUCCCCCACCGUGUCCGGGACCCCAGACCGCAAGAACACGCCGUCGCCCACAUCAGCUACCCACCCACACCACCCCUCCUCAGGCGGCCUCGGCGCCCCCUUCCCGCCCACCUCAUCACUGGCCCGGAGCCGGUCCAACGACGCGCUCGGCGCCAUGGGCGGCAUGGGUGGCGCCGCGGCGGGCAUCGACGCGGCGACGGUGGCGGCGCUCGACGCCGAGCUCGAGGCCAGCCUCGAGUGGAUCAGCCACCCGGCCGUCUUUGGCCGCGACAGCCGCAAGGCCGUCCUGCAGGCCAUCGGCGUCGUGAGCUCCCAGCGUGCUUUCACCUUCCGCACGCCCGUGGAGGGCCUGUGGGCGGGGCGUAUUGGCGGGGUCAGGAGGUUGACGGAGAGGAGUAGGGAGUGGAGGGCGGAUGGGGCCGGGGAAGGCGGGAUUACGGAGGAGGCGUGA